AUGUCACCCCACAGAAAUGGAAACCUCUCAGUGAUGCCUUUGCAGGAGUUUGUCCUAGAUGGAUUUGGUGGUGAUCUGGAGGCUCAGGCCUUGCUCUUUGCUCUGUUCCUUGCCCUGUAUGUGGUGGCCGUCCUGGGGAACCUCACCAUGACUGUGGUCAUCACCCUGGAUGCCCGGCUGAAUUCCCCAAUGUACUUUUUCCUCAAGAACCUUUCUUUUGUCGACUUGUGCUACUCCUCUGUCAUCGCCCCCAAGGCCCUGGCCAACUUCCUGUCCUCCUCCAAGGUCAUCACCUUUGAGGGAUGUAUCAUCCAAUUCUUCUUCUUCUCCCUACUCGGCACCACUGAGGCUUUCCUAUUGGCCGUAAUGGCCUAUGACCGCUUCAUGGCCAUCUGCAGCCCCCUGCACUACCUUAUCACCAUGUGCCCCUCUGCAUGUGCCUGUCUGGUGCUGGGCUCCUACUGUGCAGGCUGCUUCAACUCCAUCAUGCAGGCCAGCUUCACUUUAAGCCUCCCAUUCUGCAGAUCCAACCACAUUGACCACUACUUCUGUGAUGUACCGCCCCUGCUCAAGCUUGCCUGUGGUGACACAAGCACCAGUGAACUGGUCAUGUUUGGUAUCUGUGGCCUCUUCAUCAUGGGCACCACACUUGUGGUCCUCAUCUCCUAUGGCUACAUCACAGUGACCAUCCUGAGGAUGCACUCAGGAGCAGGGAGACACAAGCUCUUCUCCACCUGUGGCUCCCACAUGACAGCUGUGUCCCUCUUUUAUGGGACACUUUUCGUCAUGUAUGCCCAGCCAGGAGCUGUGGAGUCCAUGGAGCAGGGCAAGGUGGUCUCUGUCUUCUACACCCUGGUCAUCCCGAUGCUCAACCCCCUCAUCUACAGUCUGAGAAACAAGGAUGUGAAGGAUGCCCUGUGGAGACUGGGCCAGAAGCUCACAGCGACAUGA